AUGUCAGACGCUUUUGAAGAGAUACAAGCAAUUAAAAUAAAAAGAAACAGUUUGCGAGAAAAAUUGCAGAAAAGAAAACGCGAACGACAUGAAUUAUUUACUCUUACUUCUACAACACCAGUAUCAUCCACCUUGACAAAUGAUUCUUCUCUUUCUAAUGAUUUAAUAGGACAUUCACAUCGUUCUGAUCAUAAUGAAUAUGAAAGAGAUGUGUUAUGCAUCUUACAUGAAUCAUUACCCAAUUUACCAAUCACAUCUGCAGAAUUAAUAGAUCAACUUCGUAAAAAUUUAAAUGCAGAUGUGUGUUCUUCAGAUAUCCAUAAAAUUUUGGAGAAGUUUGCAGCACAAGAUAUUGUUAAAAUUAAAGAAGUAACAGAAAAUGGUGUCUUUGGAUAUACAGUAUUAUCAGUUGCAGAAUCACAAUCAUCAUAUCAAUCUCAAUCAGAUGAUACUGAAAAUCCAGAAAGUGCAGAAACAUCUGCAUCUGAAUUAAAUGAUUAUGGACCAGCAGAGAAGCAACCUAAAUUAGAUAAGAAAAAUGCAGAGGAUAUAAUGUCACUUAUAUCUAUGCCUACUAUUAGAGAGAAAGAAAAUAAAAAGGUUGGAGAGCAAAUUUUAGAUUUAUUAUCAAAACAAACAUCCAAGGAGAAAUCAUUAGCUGAAAGAUUUCGAUCUCAAGGAGGAGCACAAGUAAUGGAGUUUUGUCCUCAUGGUACACGAAUAGAUUGUGUUAAGUUAAAUGGUGGACCAGGAUUUGCAGAAAAAUGCAAGAAACUUCAUUUCAAAAAGAUUAUUCAAAGUCAUACAGAUGAAUCUUUGGGUGAUUGUAGUUUUCUUAAUACUUGCUUUCAUAUGGAUACAUGCAAGUAUGUACAUUAUGAAGUGGAUGGACCAACAACUCAACCAAAGGAAUCAAAUGAAACAGAUAAUGCAAAUAAUAGUACAGUGAAUAAAAAUUUAACAAUAGAUAGUAAAAAUGGUAAUAAUACUUCUUGUCCAGCUUCUAGUGGAUCUUUAGGUAGUGAAUUGACUCUUUAUCCACCACAAUGGAUACAAUGUGAUUUACGUUACCUUGAUAUGACUGUAUUGGGUAAAUUUGCUGUUAUAAUGGCUGAUCCUCCAUGGGACAUUCAUAUGGAAUUGCCUUAUGGUACCAUGUCAGAUGAUGAAAUGAGACAAUUAGGUAUACCUGCUCUUCAAGAUGAAGGUCUUUUAUUUUUAUGGGUAACAGGCAGAGCAAUGGAACUUGGUAGAGAAUGUUUACAAUUGUGGGGAUAUGAAAGAGUAGAUGAAAUCAUAUGGGUAAAAACUAACCAAUUGCAAAGGAUAAUAAGAACUGGUAGAACAGGUCACUGGUUAAAUCAUGGCAAAGAACAUUGUUUGGUCGGUAUGAAAGGAAAUCCAAGAAUUAAUCGAGGCUUAGAUAGUGAUGUUAUUGUAGCUGAAGUUCGUGCGACUAGUCACAAGCCUGAUGAAAUCUAUGGAAUUAUUGAACGUAUGAGUCCGGGAACGAGAAAGAUAGAAUUAUUUGGUCGACCACAUAAUGUUCAACCUAAUUGGAUCACAUUAGGUAAUCAGGUAGAUGGAGUUCAUUUGAUUGAUCCUCAACUUAUUAAAGCUUUUAAAAAGCGUUAUCCGGAUGGAAACUCAAUGAAACCUAGUAAAUCAUAAAUAUUUUAAAUAAUAUAAAAUAUGUGGAUAAUUAUUUUAUUACAAAUGAAUACAAUACAAAAUGAAGUUGUAUUUAAUAAAAUUUGAAUAUAAAUUUCCGAUUUUCAUAUGUUUGUUUUAAGAUAUUCAUACAAAAAUAAUUUUAUUUUUAAAUAUAAAUGUACAUACUUAUAUAAGAUUACAUAUAAAUUGCAUUUACACCAA